CUGAUUGGUCGGUUGCGGUCAGCUGACCUGAGCGCAGCGGAAGUGGAGAGCAGAGCGGCAGUGAGAAGGUGAGGUAGUAAACAAAAAUAAACACCGCUUAAUUUUUAAGGAAAAAGGACGGUUCUGGAGCCGGCCUGGACUUUCUUCGAUUCCAUCAGCCAUCAGAAUGCAGAGCACCUCCAAUUACCUGUGGCUGACCACGGAUCAGCUGGGUCAGGGAGCUACCGCAAACGUUUAUCGAGGACGACACAAGAAAACUGGCGACCUCUACGCUGUCAAAGUGUUCAACAACCUGAGCUUCCUGCGGCCGCUGGACGUCCAGAUGCGUGAAUUUGAGGUUCUGAAGAAGCUCAACCACAAGAACAUAGUGAAGCUGUUUGCUGUGGAGGAGGAGACCAACACACGCAAUAAGGUUCUGGUCAUGGAGUAUUGUCCCUGUGGGAGUCUCUACACCGUUCUAGAAGAGUCCACUAACGCCUACGGUCUCCCUGAGGAUGAGUUCCUCAUCGUUCUUCAUGAUGUUGUUGCAGGUAUGAACCACCUGAGGGAGUAUGGCAUCGUUCACCGGGACAUCAAACCAGGAAACAUCAUGAGGGUGAUCGGAGAGGACGGACGAUCUGUUUACAAGCUGACAGACUUUGGUGCCGCCCGGGAACUGGAGGACGAUGAGCAGUUUCAGUCUCUGUAUGGCACAGAGGAGUACCUGCAUCCCGACAUGUAUGAACGAGCCGUUCUUAGGAAGGACCACCAGAAGAAGUACGGCGCCACAGUGGACCUGUGGAGCAUCGGCGUGACGUUUUACCACGCCGCCACCGGGAACCUCCCCUUCCGGCCAUUUGAAGGGCCACGCAGAAACAAGGAAGUAAUGUAUAAAAUCAUCACAGAAAAACCAUCCGGAACGAUUUCAGGUCAUCAGAAGUGUGAGAACGGGAAGAUCGAGUGGAGCACGGAGAUGCCGGUGUCCUGCAGUUUGUCCAAGGGCCUUCAGAGCCUCCUGACUCCGGUUCUGGCCAACAUCCUGGAGGCGGAUCAGGAGAAAUGCUGGGGCUUUGAUCAGUUCUUUGCAGAAACCAACGACAUCCUGCACCGGACGGUGGUCUACGUCUUCAGCCUGCAGCAGGCCACGUUGCACCACGUCUACAUCCACGAGUACAACACAGCGGCGCUGUUCCAGGAGCUGCUGUGCCGCAGGACCAGCAUCCCGUUGCACAACCAGGAGCUGCUGUAUGAGGGCCGGCGCCUCGUCCUGGACCCGAACCGGCAAGCCAAAACCUUCCCCAAGACCUCCAGAGACAACCCCAUCAUGCUGGUGAGCCGCGAGGUUGUUAACACCGUUGGAGUGAUCUUCGAAGACCCGUGUCCUCCGAAGGUCCAGCCUCGCUAUGACCUGGACCUGGAUGCCAGCUAUGCUAAGACUUUUGCAGGAGAUGUUGGACAUCUGUGGAAAACCUCUGAGUCUCUACUGGUUUAUCAGGAACUGGUGCGGAAGGGAGUCAGAGGAUUGAUUGAGCUAAUGAGGGAGGACUACGGUGAAAUUUCCCGCAAGAAGUCAGAGGUCUUCCACCUUUGCAACAUCUGCUCACAGCUGCUGGAGAAGUCCGAGCAGCUAAUGGAGGUGCUGGCGCGGGCCAACAUGCUGACGUCAGAGUUCGAGGAGAUCUCAGACAUGCAUAAGAAGGUUCUCAGGAUAUCAGGCUCUCUGGAACCCAUCGAGAGAACAACACAGGACAUCAAGAGUAAGUUCCUAAACGGAGGCCCUUUGACGGACACCUGGACGCAGCAGGUCGGGACGCACCCCGAGGACAGGAAUGUGGAGAAAAUUAAAGUGCUGCUGGACGCCAUCACAGCCAUCUACCAGCAGUUCAAGAAGGACAAAGCAGAAAGACGGCUGCCGUACAACGAGGAACAGAUCCACAAGUUUGAUAAGCAGAAGUUGGUCAUCCAUGCCGGUAAAGCCCGCUCUCUGUUCACGGACGAGUGCGCCAUGAAGUACCGCCUCUUCAUUUCUAAGAGCGAAGAGUGGAUGAGGAAGGUUCAUCAUGUGAGGAAGCAGCUCCUCAGCCUAUCAGGACAGCUGAUGAGCGUGGAGAAGGAGGUGACCAUGCUGAUGGACCGGGCCAUCAAGCUGCAGGAACAGCUGCCCCAGAAAGUGGUGCCGAACGUGAUGAAGCCUCAGCCGUACCUGAGUCCCAACACACUGGUGGAGAUGACUCUGGGGAUGAAGAAACUGAAGGAGGAGAUGGAGGGAGUCGUCAAGGAGCUGGCAGAAAACAACCACUUCUUAGAGAGGUCCGCUCACAGGUUCGGGACUCUGACCAUGGAUGGAGGCCUGAGAGGCUGACCGGACUGCAGCGCUCUGUACAUAUUCUCUGUAAAUACUAUCAGACUCUGACGGGUCGGCGGACCCGACCUGCUGGGAAAACAUUCUAUCGGACCUGUUCUGUUGGAUCCAGACAGCGCCAUCAUGACACAGACUUCGUUUCUCAACCACGGAUGUUUUCUAGGACCUUUGGCAGAAUGGAGCAGGAGGAAAGUUGUGGAUCAGAAUAAAAUUCUGUGGGAGGUUCUGAGAAUAAAUAAAAAAAAACAUGGUGAAAGAUAUUAACUUUAAAGUGACCCAGUCACUAAUCUCUAAACUAGUUAAAAC